AUGAAGAAGAUUAUCACGAAGGCCACAAACAUCACUCCUGCUUUCAGACCGAUUGAGAGAGUUGGACAAUUCUUCACCAAACUGAAAGACCCGAUUCCUCCUGACAAGAGGUCUAAUGUAGUCUAUAGAAUCCCAUGUGGAGCGUGUGAGGGAGUCUACGUGGGUACUACUGGAAGAAUGCUCCGUACGAGGGUGAGGGAGCACUACAGGGAUUGUAAAGUCCCCAUUAGGCGUGAGAAGGCAGCGGCAUCAGCCCUUUGUGAGCAUUCACAUGACACGGGGCAUGUGUUUAAGUUUGAGGAAGCCCAGAUUUUGGACACACAUCAGCACUACAGCAAGCGUCUUAUGUUGGAGGCCCUGCACAUAAAAUGCAACAUUGAAAAGGCGUUUAUUGAUGCCACGUUGCUACCAGAGUUAUGUAUUGACGCACCCGAAGAUUGGGAAGUAAUUCCCCGCUAUCGACCACUGAAGAAGGCUCCGAGCGGGGCCGAAAGCUCUGGGAAGAUUCUGUGUUUCUUUGGGUAAGGAAUUUCAACUGCCGACGAAAAACCCGG